AUGGCAUCCACACAGGUACCAAUAGAGCAAUCAGCUCCCGAAACAACACCAACAUUGCCAACUGCCUCUGCUAACGUCACCACACCACAAACCGAGCUUGAAACCCUUGCGUUAGAAAGCUUAGCAAAACUUGAUACACUUAUUACUCUCGCUGGUCAAGUAUUUCAAGCACUAGACGUUUAUUCGCGUCGGAAAUUGGUGAACGAGGAUAAUGAAGGGGAAUUUGGACAAAUGGCGAGCGAGAAUUUUGGAAUGGGUGAGAGUGGGAUAAGUGAAGACGUAAAUAGAGAGGAGGGGGGAGUUGAUGCACUGACAGUUGAGAGUGUUGUGGAACGGUAUCGUGAGACGGAGGCAGAGUUGAAGGAGCUUGUCGGCAGAGUUGACGCGUUGAAAAGUACAACUAAUUCUGAUUCUCAUUCUAAUCUGAAAUUAAUAGACCAAAACAGAAACAAUAAUCAGCACGGUAGAGUCGAAUAG